AUGGAAGAGGAUUUAGCUAUGAAAUGGGAGGCUCUCAGCCUCACUGAAAAGGAGCAAGGAGUGGUUGUUAUCUCACACAGCUCAAAGGAAAGGAUGGUGCAACAAGGACAACAUUGUCUACUGGCUAUGGUCAUCGCUGAGAGGGCUGUCAAUAAGAAGGCUUUCAAAAACACUAUAGCAAAAGUUUGGAAAUGCACUAGCUGGAUGCAGUUUUCUAAGGUAGGGAGCAACCAAUAUCUGGUAGAAUUUCACCUAGAACAGGACCUGGAACAGGUGCUACAAGGAAGGCCAUGGUGUUUUGACAGAUGGUUGGUCUGUUUACAUUCAUUCGAUGGAAAGAAGUCAGUUAAAGAGAUCCCUUUCUCCAUGGAGAUCUUCUGGGUGCAGGCACACAACACACCUUUUGCAAGCAUGAAUAUUGAUGUUGGCCAACAGAUUGGAAAUAGCAUUGGAAAAUGUUUAGAAGUACAAGCAGAUACCAGAGGGAUAUGCUGGGGAGAAUUCAUACGUAUGAAGGUGGAACUUGAUAUUACAAAGCCAAUACAAAGAGGUCUUUUCCUUACGAUUGAAGGGAAGAAGUCAUGGAUUGUUCUGAAGUAUGAAAGACUGCCCAACCUGUGCUUUAGGUGUGGUUGCAUAAAGCACAAUGCCAAAGGCUGUUCUGUUAACAACACAUGUAGUGAAAUGAGGUAG